AUGUCUCUCAAGAAAGAUUCUCACCCCUCCUCCGCCGCGUUCGACGUGAUCCACCAGACCCUUCAAGGCGAUGAAGCCGGUCGCAAGGAGGCUGUCGCCGGUGCCAAGGCCAUCGUUUCCUUCAACAUCAAGAACAAGGAAGGCAAGGAGGAGAGCUGGUUCCUCGACCUGAAGAACAAAGGCGAGGUUGGCCAAGGUGCCGCUCCCGAGGGCGGCAAGGCUGAUGUCACUCUCUCCCUCUCCGAUUCCGACUUCGCCUCCCUCGUUGCUGGCAAGGCCAAUGCCCAGCGUCUGUUCAUGGGCGGCAAGCUCAAGAUCAAGGGUAACAUCAUGAAGGCUACAAAAAUGGAGCCCGUACUCAAGAAGGCCCAGGGCAAGGCCAAGCUGUAA